GAGAUCCGACCCCGAGCAAGUAGAGAAGAAAGAGAGAGAACAGAAAGGGAGAUGACUAUGAAGCUCACCCUCCCCAGUAGGCUAUGGAGCUCGACCUCGAUUCCUUCCUCAACUCUCGCCCCGAUGUUGACGCCGACGAUGCCGACGACGAUGAUGGCAAUUCGACGUCUUUCCCUUGCCGGACCGUCGACGAAAUCCUCAAUGACUCCCUCUCCGAUUCCUCGUCUUCUUCUCCUGCUGGUUCUCGUCCAUCAUCCCCUGUCCCGUCCUUCUCAACUCCGCAGGAAGAUGAUGCCGUCUCCGUCAGGUCAACUGAAUCGCUCAAGCUUCCUCCAUCAGAUGCCGGAAAGUCCGUUUCUUCGAGUUUCCAUCGGAGGCCGUCCCGCGGUGUGGAUACCUUCCCUCGUUUCAGGCCUCCCGAUCACGUUCGGAGGUCCCUUCCUGCUGCUUCCGGACAAGCUCCGGCCUCUCGUCAGCUGCCACCGCUUUUCGGGGGAGUGAGAUCGAGUGCCAAGCCUGGGGCUGCUCUUGCAGCCGCUGCGGCGGCUUCUCGCACUGUCCCGACCCCUCAUGCUGCCGCCAUCAAGUCGAGGAGGGCUCUACUUGGGCGUCUUUCUUCUGAUGCCUCCGAUCAUCUCCGCUCCUCUUCCUCGUCUGCUUCUUCUUCUUCUUCGAAUGAGAUUUCUUUAGAUUCUGCGAGGAUUCUGGAUGAAAGACUCGGUGUUCGCGAUGACAGAUUGCUAUUGCAGGAUGAACAUGAGGGCGGAGAAAAUGACAGCUUCAGCGAUUUUCAUUCUGCUUCGGGAGAUGGUUUCAGCACCAGAGAAUUGCCUCCCAGUGUGGAUACAGAAGCUGAAUCUCGUGAACCCGAGGAGAAGGAGAAGGAGAAGGAUAUGAGUUCACCACCACUUGCCCCUGAAGAUUUGGCUGCUGCUGCCAGGAUCAGUACCUCUUCGACCCAUGCCGAGGAUUCCGGCAAAUAUGACACUUUAGCUCUUACUCCAGCUGCUACUGUCUCGCACUCGGAAGAAAUGGGUUCGGAGGGGGAGGAGGAGGAGGAGGAGGAGGAAGAGAACGACGAGGAGGAGGAAGUGGUUGGUGACUCUGGAGACAAGGACCCUGAAAUUGAUGAACUGGUGGAAGAGAGGAUUGGGAGAAUCGGGCAGUCAGAUAUCAAGAGGACGAGUGAGAAGAAACCUGAGAAGGUGAAGCCGCUUGAAUUGGCUGAACAGGCUGAGAGAAGGCAGGCGUCCACGGCUUUGCACUGGGAAGAGGGCGCAGCUGCUCAGCCAAUGAGGCUGGAGGGGGUGCGGAGGGGCUCCACGACAUUGGGCUAUUUUGACAUUAAUGCCGAAAAUGUCAUCACACGAACCCUUUCCUCUCAAGCAUUUAGGCGAGAUCAUGGCUCUCCCGAGGUCUUGGCUGUCCAUGGUAACUACAUUGCUGUCGGCAUGUCGAGAGGAAUCAUUAUCCUGCUGCCCUCAAAAUACUCUCCCCAUCAGCCCGACAAUAUGGAGGCCAAGAUGACGAUGCUUGGUUUGCAAGGAGACCGCUCUUAUGCUGCGGUAACUUCACUGUCUUUCAAUCAUCAAGGUGAUCUGCUUUUAGCUGGAUAUGGUGAUGGCCAUGUAACACUUUGGGAUGUGCAAAGAGGAUCAGCUGCAAAAGUUAUUACUGGAGAGCAUACAGUACCUGUGGUACAUGCAUUCUUUCUGGGGCAGGACUCCCAAGUUACUCGUCAAUUUAAAGCAGUUACCGGGGAUAGUAAUGGCCUUGUUCUGUUACAUUCAUUCUCGGUGGUCCCUUUGCUUAAUAGAUUCUCCAUUAAGACACAGUGUCUACUUGAUGGUUUGAAGACUGGGACAGUGCUUUCAGCUUCACCACUUAUUUUUGAUGAAUUUUUUGGAGGUGCUUUGCUAUCUUCUCAUGGAAACAACAGUGGUUCAAGUAGUACUAUUGGCGGGGCGGAUACUGGUUGGAAACUCUUCAAUGAAGGCACUUCUUUUGUUGAGGAAGGUGUGGUCGUAUUUGUCACCCACCAAACUGCGCUGGUGGUUAGACUCAGCCCUGCUCUAAAAGUUUAUGCAACACUUCCUAAGCCAGAUGGGGUUCGGGAGGGAUCCAUGCCUUAUACUGCCUGGAAAUGCACUACACAAGCAUGUGCCCCUGCCAGUGAAACAAAUCCGGAAGGAGCAGCUGAUAGAGUUUCAUUACUUGCUAUUGCUUGGGACCGGAAAGUUCAAGUUGCGAAGCUAGUCAACUCUGAAUUGAAAGUCUAUGGCAACUGGUCCCUUGAUAGUGCAGCCAUAGGAGUCGCCUGGUUGGAUGAUCAGAUGCUUGUGGUUCUCUCAUUGACAGGACAACUCUGGCUUUUUGCAAAGGAUGGAACUGUUAUUCACCAAACGAGUUUUGCUGUUGAUAAUCUUAGAGGAGAUGAUCUCAUAUCAUAUCAUACACACUUCAUUAAUAUAUUCGGGAACCCCGAGAAAGCUUAUCACAACUCUGUAGCUGUUAGAGGGGCUUCUGUGUACAUCCUUGGACCCAUGCAUCUUCUUAUUUCUCGCCUCCUUCCAUGGAAGGAAAGAAUUCAAGUUUUGCGAAAAGCAGGGGAUUGGAUGUGUGCCUUGAACAUGGGAAUGACACUCUAUGAUGGCCAAGCUCAUGGUGUCAUUGAUCUUCCUAGGACAUUGGAUGCUGUACAAAGUGCUAUCAUGCCUUACCUGGUGGAGUUGCUUUUGUCAUAUGUAGAGGAGGUUUUUUCUUAUAUUUCAGUGGCAUUUUGCAAUCAGAUUGAGAAAGUACAGCAGGUGAAUGACCACAGUAGUAGAAGCAGUUCAGUGCAAAAUGACAUAAAAGAGCAAUUCACACGGGUUGGUGGUGUUGCUGUUGAGUUUUGUGUUCAUAUCAAGAGAACGGACAUCCUUUUCGAAGAAAUAUUCUCCAAAUUUGUUUCUGUUAAUCAUAGAGAUACAUUCUUGGAGCUUUUGGAGCCUUAUAUAUUGAAGGACAUGCUUAGUUGUCUACCUCCUGAGAUAAUGCAAGCACUGGUAGAACAUUACAGUGGCAAAGGUUGGUUACAACGAGUUGAACAAUGUGUCCUUCACAUGGACAUAUCAUCGUUGGAUUUCAACCAGGUGGUAAAGUUAUGCCGUGAGCAUGGACUGUACUGUGCAUUGGUGUAUCUUUUCAAUAGAGGCCUGGAUGAUUUCAGGUCUCCUUUAGAGGAAUUGUUGGUGGUCUUACGGAAUAGUCAAAGGGAAAGUGCUGUUCCCCUUGGGUACAAGAUGCUUGUUUACCUGAAAUAUUGCUUCACGGGUUUUGCCUUUCCACCAGGACAUGGAAAUCUUCCUGGAACACGCCUGCCCUCUCUUAGAGCAGAACUUGUACAGUUUCUUUUGGAAGAAUCUGAAGCUUCUACUUCAUCCAGCGAUAGACCUUACCUUAAUCUGUAUCAUCUCUUAGAAUUAGAUACUGAAGCGACUUUAGAAGUUUUGAAAUGUGCUUUUGCGAAGGAUGAAACUCAAGCACCUGAUAUCUCUCUAUCUGAUUCAGCCAAUCAACUUGUGGGGACAGAAAGUGAGUUCGUGGCUGGAGGUUUGAAACUGAUACAGGAAGUGGUAGAUGCUCUGGUUUGUAUUCUUAAUAAGGACAUCAGCCAGAUGCAUGAAUAUCGUAAUGAUGAUGACAAAGUAGCGGAUGCAUGGCCUUCACUAGAUGACAUGGGAUACCUGUUUGAGUUUAUUGCUUAUUUUAUUUCUCGUAAGUGGGCUAAGGUCUCUAGAGAUGUACUGACACGGAUUUUGGAGCACUUGACAUCCGAUAACCUUGUCUCUGCUGAAGUCCCCGAGAACAAAGAGGAAUUGUUGAAAAAGAGGGAGAAGCAGGUCCUUUCACUUCUUGAAACGCUGCCUGAGAGUGAUUGGGAUGCAGCUUAUGUUUUAAACAUGUGUGAGAAUGCGCAGUUUUUUCUGGUUUGCGGCUUCAUACACACCAUGCAAAACCAUCAUCUUGCUGCCUUAGAUAGUUACAUGAAGGAUGUGGAUGAACCUGUUCAUGCCUUUGCCUUCAUCGACAGUGCUAUAUCACUGCUCAAUGAGGCUGAUGGUACUGCUUUUCGGUCAGCAGUUAUUUCUCGAAUUCCAGCUCUUGUUGACCUGAGCAGGGAAGCCGCAUUCUUCUUGGUCAUUGAUCACUUCAACUCUCAGAGUGAACGGAUUCUCUCUGAGCUUGAACACUACCCAAGUAGCCUUUUUCUUUAUUUGAAGACAGUUGUUGAAGUUCACCUCUCUGGAUCCCUUGACUUCACACAUUUGACAAAAAGUGACAUGGCGAAUUUUCCUAAUGGGGGAAGUGGAAAUGUUCACAUGAAAAGACUAAAGGAUUAUUUGAAGAAAGUCUUUGACUUCCCUAGAUUCUUACGCAACAAUCCUAUUGAUGUAACUGAUGAUAUGGUUGAGCGUUACCUGGAGCUAUUAUGUCAAUACGAGCGCAACUCAGUCCUGAAGUUUUUGGAGACUUUUGAUAGCUAUAGGGUGGAGCAUUGUCUGCGUCUUUGCCAGGAAUAUGGUAUUACAGAUGCUGCUGCAUUCUUGUUAGAAAGGGUUGGUGAUGUGGGAAGUGCUCUCUUACUUACUCUUUCCAGCCUCAAUGACAAAUUCGCAAAGCUUGAUAUUGUUGUGAGUGAAGCCAUGUCUGGGAUGAAAUCAAGUAAUUCUGGUCGCUCAAAACUUUUGGGUACUAUUUUGAAAACGAAGGAGGUGGAAGACAUUCUUCAGAUAUUGAAUGCAUGUGUUGGGUUGUGCCAGCGGAACACCCCUAGGUUGAAUCCCGAGGAGUCAGAAAUACUCUGGUUUAGACUGCUUGAUUCGUUUUGCGAACCAUUGAUGGGUUUGUCAAAUGGUGAAAAAAUCGCAGAAGAGGAUCAUGUUGGAACACUUGCUGAACCCUUGGGCUCUAUAGAUGAUGAGGGACCCUUGAUCAGGUGGAGGAUUUCGAAGUCUCAUAGAGGUGCUCGUAUUUUCAGGAAGUUGUUCUCUCGGUUCAUCAAAGAGAUCGUUGAAGGAAUGAUAGGAUAUGUACGGCUUCCAACUAUUAUGUCUAAGCUUCUCUUGGAUAAUGGUAAUCAGGAGUUUGGUGAUUUUAAACUUACCAUACUAGGGAUGCUUGGAACAUAUGGCUUCGAAAGAAGAAUUCUGGACACGGCUAAAUCCUUGAUAGAGGAUGAUACCUUUUACACCAUGAGCUUACUUAAGAAAGGAGCAUCGCAUGGGUAUGCCCCAAGGAGCCAAGUGUGUUGCAUAUGUAAUUGCCCGUUAACAAGGGGGUCGUUUGGCUCUACCAUUCGUGUCUUUAACUGUGGGCAUGCGACUCAUGCUCAGUGUGAAUCUGUUGAGAUUGGAGCCUCCAGCAAGGGUACUCCUUCUGGGUGCCCGAUUUGUCUGCCCAAGAAAAGUGAGAAGUUGAGAAGUAAAUCUGCCUUCGGAGAGGAUGGUCUAGUUAGGAAGACGUCAUCAAGGCGUGCAAGGACCGAAGGCUCCACUAGUGUUGGUGCACAUGAGAAUCAUAACGAUAUAGUGGACACUUCUUACGGGAUCCAGCAAAUAUCAAGGUUUGACCUCUUGGCCAAUCUUCUAAAAGACCACGGACCGAUCCAGAUUGAGAACUUGCCUCCUCUGAGGCUUGCACCUCCUGCUCUCUACCAUGACAAGGUUAAGAAAGGGGUCGACCUUUUGGCUGGGGAGAGCAGCAUUGAUCCAUCAAAGAUGGAGAGACCGACUGGGAGCAAUAGGCAGUUUAAGGAGCUAAGGGUGAAGGGUUCAUCAAUUCGAUUCCCAUUGAAGUCCAGCAUAUUCGGAAAGGAGAGGACCAGGCAGCAAUGACGCAAAGACAAAAACCGUGGGACUCUGACCUGUUCAACCUUGCAGUGCUAUUUGCCUGAAGGCUAAUCUUGUAGAUAUUUGUAUCGGUUCGAAUUCUUCUGUAUGUAGAGGUAGGGUAGAAGUUUUUGUAUCGGUAUCGGAUAGUUGUGAUAGGCUGCUCCUUGUAAACAAGAGCAGAGGGAUCAAUCAAAUCCAUAAAACCCGGGAAUAAAUUAAUGAGAAAUUUUGAUUAUGGCAUG